AUGACACGAACGCGCGCUAGACGCUACGGCAACGGCAACAUGGAAGUGUGUGUUGAUUCUGUGCAAUCGGCUCUGAAUGCUGCGGAAGGAGGAGCUUUGAGGUUGGAGCUUUGUGCAAAUUUGAUGGAAGGAGGAACUACACCAACUACUGGCAUGUUGAAGAUCAUUAAAAGUGUUGUUGCUACACCUGUGUUUUCGAUAAUUCGUCCAAGGGGAGGGGACUUUCUAUAUGAUGAUCAUGAGUUUGCAGUGAUGCAGGAAAACGUAAAAGCUCUUAAAGAGGCAGGGAGUGAUGGUUUCGUAUUUGGUAUAUUGUGCAAGGAUGGUUCUGUUGACAGGAAAAGAUGCAGCAAUCUUCUAGAUCUCGCCAGACCAAUGCCAUCGACAUUCCAUAGAGCAUUUGAUAUGUGCAAUGAUUCAGUGGCAUCAUUGGAAAUGAUUAUUGAAUUGGGAUUUCAGCGCGUGUUAACAAGUGGCCAAGACGCAUCUGCAUUGGAUGGAUCACCACUUAUUGCAAAAUUAAUAGAACAGGCAAAGGGAAGAAUAACUAUUAUGCCAGCUGGGGGUAUUUCUUCUAGCAACUUGGGAAGAAUUUUGUCAACAACUGGUGCAAAAGAAUUUCACUGCUCAGCUCGUUCUACCGUUUCAUCUCAAAUGAUAUACCAGCAAAAAAAUGUUUUUAUGGGUGCAGCACUUCGACCACCCGAGUUCUUCACAAAGAUGUGUGCUGUUGCUAACUGCAAAGAACUGGUUUCUGUUUUUGAAAAGUAUUUGCAUUAAUUGUAUCGACUAUGGAUUCUGUGAUUUUGUUCAAUUGUCAAUGUACUAGAGUGUUUGAUGAGAUCUUGUCAUAUUCUGUUGACUGUCUAAUUAUAUAAGACGUUCAUACCUAGA